UGUUGAUCAAAAAAUUAAAAAUUAACUUCUUAGUAAAGAGUUAUUAUAUUUACAUACACACGAAACUCUACAAGAUCAAGCAUACAAGAUAUCUUGUCAUCUUGCCCGCAUAAAGCUGUGUCGUUGACAACCAUCUUAAUGAUCGGAAGCUUUUAGUAGCGAAGGUAUAAAAGCUCGUGCAGCUGUUCAUUGGCAUUUAGUCAAUUGUUCGCGCCGGAAUUUUUCCAUUUUUUUGAGGAUAUUUUAAGAUUUUUGCACUAAUUAAUCUAAUCCAAAAUGCCGGUGCCCGACGUCUUACUCAACAAUGGAAAAACGAUUCCCAUUCUCGGUCUUGGUACUUGGGGCAGUCCUAAAGGAGAAGUCGUUCAAGCCGUAAAAGACGCCAUCGACAUUGGUUAUCGCCAUAUUGACUGCGCUCAUGUAUACCAGAAUGAGGAUGAAGUCGGUGAGGGUAUUGAAGCCAAAAUAGCAGAGGGUGUUGUGAAACGCGAAGAAUUGUUUAUUACUAGCAAAUUGUGGAAUACCUUCCACAGUCCCGCAUUAGUACGUGGAGCUCUUGAAACCACCUUGAAGAAUUUACGUCUGGAUUACCUUGAUUUGUAUUUAAUCCAUUGGCCUAUGGGCUACAAAGAGGGCGGACCAUUGUUCCCAAAUGAUGAUCUUGGUAAAAUAGCGUACUCUGAUGUUGAUUAUGUUGAUACCUGGAAGGAAAUGGAAAAACUUGUAGAGGCCGGCCUUGUAAAGUCCAUAGGUGUGUCGAAUUUCAACAAGCGGCAAAUUGAACGCGUGCUUGAGGUCGCUGCCAUUCCACCAGUAACCAACCAAAUUGAGUGUCAUCCUUAUUUGACCCAAAAAAAGUUGAUUGAAUUCUGCAAGUCAAAGAAUAUUGCUAUUACUGCUUACAGUCCUUUGGGAUCACCUAACCGUCCUUGGGCAAAACCCGAUGACCCAGUUUUAUUACAAGACGCUAAAAUCGUCGCAAUUGCUGAUAAGUAUGGCAAGACUUCAGCUCAAAUUCUGAUUCGCUAUCAGCUGCAACUUGGUAACAUUGUCAUUCCUAAGUCUGUGACGAAAAGUCGUAUUGCGUCCAACUUUGACGUGUUCAACUUCGAAUUAAGUGCAGAGGAUAUUGCCACUAUAGAUAGCUUCAACUGCAAUGGCCGUUUCGUGCCUUUAGAUAAUGAUGCUGCACAUCAGCAUUAUCCAUUUAAUGAUGAGUUCUAAGGUUUCAAAAUUUCGCGAGAAUCGAGUAUUAUACAACUAUUGCUGGUGCUCAUUUUGGGGCAUCUAACUAAAUAUUGCGACUAUCAAUUAGUUUUGUGUUUUUAACACAUUCAGUAUCUUAUCACCAUCGUACACAUCCGCACCACCCAUUCGCCAACGAUGAGUACUAGAAAAUAUGACGGAGACUUUUUGAAAUAAUGAAUCGGAAUAAACCUCAAACAAUUAUGUAUUAUUAUGGAUGUAUGUACAGAAUUGAAUUAACAAAUACACUGGAAUUUACAAUAUAAACGGUGGAAAGUUAAAGGAAAAACUA